UGGUAACUACUUAGUGAGGGUUUGUGCCCAAGUAAUGACGAGAGAUGAUAGUUCUGGUGGAUGGGUUCCUCUUAGUGGAGGUGGUUUAGCUAAUGUUUCUGUGAGACGUAGAGCAACCUCAGUGGGUGGACUUCAGUCUAAUAAUACCAAUGGUACAAGUAUUUCUACUUCGAAUGUUAACACUACAACUUUGAGUACAACUGUCAACGCGCAGGGUCAUGGAUCUAGUACUUCUCCACCUAGUGCAACAAAAAAAAAACAUGAAUAUCUUAUCUUUGGGAAACGUAUCACCGAUCAAUCGGUUGUUCUUAGCUGUACUAUUAAAAAGGAUUUUGAAUAUAAUAAGGUAAUGCCAACUUUUCAUCAUUGGCGGACAGGAGAGAAAAAAUUUGGAUUAACUUUUACAACGGCUGCGGAUGCAAGAGCAUUCGAUAAAGGUGUACGUACUGCAGUGGAAGAACUGUUGGAAGGACUUGCGGAAUCAACAUUGUGCUGUAAUUCUGCAGAUGGUGGUGACGAAGAUGUUUUUAUGACCUUAAAUCUACCUGUGGAACCACUAGAUCCACGUCCAUCUUCGGAUACAUCUCGUGGAGUAGUUCGUGUACCUAUUUACCAUCCCCAGUGUCCAGAUGUUUUUGAUUCACAUAAUAAACCUAUUCAUUACAUUGGUGGAUCCGCCAACAAAGUAUCACUAUCUCAGCAUCCUUUAACAUCAACUACAGACAUUGGAUCUGAUAAUUACUCCUAUGUGCAUCUCACAACAGUUAACCAUGAAUAUUUAUAUCCCAUCGUCGAUGAUCAUAAAAGUGAUAGAUUAGACAGGCACAGUAGUGGAAGUUCUUUGAAAAAACCCGACAUUAUAGUGUCACAACCUUCAAAAAAUACUAUCAGACGUAAUGUUCACUUCCGAUGUAAACAUUGCCAAGAAUUAUAUUCUGAGCAGAACAAUCCUAGGGGAUCUUGCGAGGAUGCUCCUGAUCCUUUUAAACGUGGAAUAGCAACAAUAUCUUGUUUAUCAUGUGCUCAGUGUAUGCUGUAUCAUUGUAUGAGCGAUGCUGAAGGUGAAUUUGCCCAAAAUCCUUGUAGUUGUAAUACGGAAGAAGGAUGUGGACGAAGAUGGAUUGGUUUAGCAUUAUUAUCACUAAUUGUUCCGUGUUUAUGGAUUUAUCCCCCACUCAGAGCUGUUCACUGGUGUGGAAUAUCGUGCGGAAUGUGUGGAGGUCGUCAUCAUCCAACGGAAUAACUGGAGGAUCCCUUUGAUGUCUCUGCUCCAUACUCAGUUGAAUCAACAAAGUUUUCAUCAUCGCGUAGUGCAGUCGCUAAUGUGUAUGAAUGUCACGAUCUGAGUAUGGGACGUUGUCAGAGGUAUCAAAGGGGCAGACAGCUUCCAGUACACGCACUAAUCCAUCAACAUCAUCUGUGAGAAUUAAACUGACAAAGAAAAUGAUAUGGAGCACAAGAUGCAUUUAGCCUUCACACUGUGUAUAUUCCGUACGUUUUGUAAACUUUAUUAGCAGUAUGAAUUGUUUAGUCACAACUGUAUAUUAAACAAUGACAGAUGGAAGUAAGAUAGUAUUUAUACUUCCACCACAAUUGGUCUAUGGAUAGGACUGAGCAACUAUGUAUUGUACAUGGUGUAAAUUAUGAGAGUGCAGCUGUGAGAUAAUGCAAAAAACUUUAUAUUCCCAGUUUGAAUUAUUAUUCUCUGCCUCGUGUAAUGUGUGUAUAGAGAGCACAAUGUCCACACUGGAAUCGAGCAUUGCUGCGAUUGUCAGAAUGAAAGUGUAAGAAUGUGUUCUAUUCAUAAGUUCUGAUUAUACUACAAAAGUUAAAGCCAGUAUUUGCUAAUUUUCUAGCCCUUAUUAGUAUGUAAUAAAGUUGGGAAACAAGAGUAAAUUGAAACUGUAAAGUUAAUCAAGAUAAAGUAAAAAUUACUCUAUAUUUAUCAUUUAUUAGUCGUUGAAAAUUAUCUCAUUAAAAUAUAUGAUGGAAAGCAUUGCAAUAUUUGCAUGUAUGCUAUGUUGCUGCUGCAAUCACUUGAAUAAUUAAUUUCCUAAAAAAUACAAAAAUUAUUGUCAAGGUGAUUGAAUAAUCUUCUAAGUUGCAAACCAUGUUAUGGGUGCCUAUAUUGUACAAAUUUUGUGAUAUUUUAGAACAUAUUAUACGUAUUUUUAUGUAUUUUAUUGAUAAAAAUAGAUUGACAAAAGCUGGCUGCGUCUCGUAAGAUGCAAACAGUAGCUAAUAUUUAAUAAAUACAACUUCUUCACAAAGCAAAUACAAAUAUUUGUGACCAGUGCCUGAUGUAAGGAGAAGAUUUAUAAUUAUUAAUUUAAAUUGUCUGAAUAUUAUUUAAUAAAGAAUAAUGACACAUUAAAAAAAAAAAGAUUGAAAUAUAACAGAUUUCUAAUUAAAUAAUGAUCUGAUUCUUAGUGUUACUCAUGGCACUUAGAGUAUUUCACAAAAAUAUACGAUACUAAUUAUUAUCUUCAUUUUUACUUAUUUUUAUUAAUAAUAAUAAAUUAUUUUAUUUUAAUGUUCUCUCUAAUGCUUAUGCUCUCUUUUGGUAAUAUUUAUUCAUAUAUUAUAUGCAUUAAUGCAUUAAUAUUGUACAUUAUGAAAGUAUUUAUAAAAAAUAAUAAUUUCUUUUUUAUUUGCAGGUCAGUUUUAUUAAAAGUCUGUAAAUAUAUUUAUGAUUUUUCAUUUUAGUACUAUCAGUUAUUUAAGUAGAACCAGUUUAUUUGAUCUUAUAUGAAAUAAAAAGCAGCUAGCUUAAGCAAUAAUUAUUAUCUUGAUCUUUACUAAUUAAUUAUGUUAUAUAUAUUUAAAAGAUAUGUUGAAGAAAUAUCUACGGAUCUGAUUACAUAUUUGUAAAAAUUUAAUUGCCAUUUAAUCAUGAUACUCUUAGAUAAAUAGUGCCAUAAUAUAGAUCGCGCUGUUAUACUUUACAGCUAAGCACAAUUUUAACAUUGCAAAGAUUCUUAUAUUUGUUUAUCAUAUUAUGUAAAUCACCUUGACAUUUAUCUCUAUGUAUAAAGAGAAUGUAUAUAGAGAUUGUAAUAUAUUUUUUAAACCAAAGCUUCAAAAUGUGCUAGGUAGUUCUUCAUAUGAUCUGCUUAUUGAUAUAUAAUGUAAAAUAUUUACAAUAUUAUUUUUAAGAAAUUAUUACUACAAAAUUGCUAACAAUACAUUUGUAUUUGUAGAAGCAAUUUACAAGAAAUAUGUUAUUUGUUAUAUAAUUAAAAAAACUACAAGCAUGUGAUUGUUCUGCAAACAUUAAUAACAACAAUGCAUGAUAUAUUUUAGAAUUGUACAAAGUGACAAAGAAUGUAUUUUCAAAAUAGCACACGUCUAUGCUUAUUUAAAUAAUUAAUACUUUGUUAUAUGUUCAAUAUUUCUAGUCUAUUAAUAUAUUAGUGUUUAUGGAUUGCUUCUUAUAUGCCAUAAAAAAUAAGUAUCAAAAGUUUAUACAAAACAACUAUUUGUAUUUUCCUCUUAAAAUGAACAUUUAUUGCUCUUAAAUUCAAAAUGUAUGUGCAUCUAUAUUAUUACUA